AUGUUAACUGCAUUAGCUACACCAAACUCUGCAUUCAAACCGCUGAUCAAAAAGGUCAAAAAUACAUGGCGAUUGAAGAAGUUUAAAAAGAGAUAUAUUGAAAAAGGAGGCGCUUCUUCAAGUAGUGAAAACUCGACAGAGUCAAGUGUCAGAUCCUCAGCGGUAUCUUGUGCGUUUUCUUCUACUAAUGAUGAGUUUUAA